AUGGAUAUCCGACUCCUCCAACCCUCCGACCUCCCCCUCAUCCAACACGCCAACCUCGAGAACCUGCCGGAAAACUACUUCCUCAAAUACUACCUCUACCACGCCCUCUCCUGGCCACAGCUGAGCUAUGUCGCCGUCGACGCCUCCCGCCCGCGCACCUCGCCCUACGACCACCCCAAGAUUGUCGGCUACGUCCUAGCCAAGAUGGAGGAGGAGCCCUCGGACGGCAUCCCGCACGGCCACAUCACCUCCCUCUCCGUCAUGCGCACCCACCGCCGCCUGGGCAUCGCCGAGAAGCUCAUGCGCCAGUCCCAGCGCGCCAUGGUCGAGACCUUCGGCGCCAAGUACGUCAGCCUCCACGUCCGCGUCAGCAACGUCGCCGCCAUCCGCCUCUACCGCGACACCCUCGGCUUCACCGUCGAGAAGGCCGAGCCCAAGUACUACGCCGACGGGGAGGACGCCCACUGCAUGCGCCUCGACCUGGGCCCCAUCCGCGCCCAGAUCGCCGAGGAAGAAAAACAGAUGGAGAAGCUGACGAGGGCGAAGCCGUGGGUGACGUGGGGCGAGAUCCGGGCGCUGGCGAGCUGA